AUGGUAGGUUCUAGGAAUCUUCCUUCUCAUGGGGCGGUUUCUUUCUUGGAUGGAUCAGAAACGCUGCAAGGUAAGGCGAAAGAUGGAAGACGAACAUCGGUGUCUGGAAGCAUUCAUGAAACAUUUGGAGAUGUGGAAACUGGCUUUGACGUUUCCAAUAGAGAUCUUGUAGACAUAUUGUCGGAACUGAAUUAUUAUUAA